UUUAACCACCUGCCAAAAUAAUUGCGAAUGAAAAUAAUUACUUCUGAUGUUAUAUCGCGUUGAAUGAACCAUGCCCGCGUUCUUUUUGUUGUGAAAGCUUAAAACUGUAAUGCCAGUCGUCUUGUUUAGUACUUGGUCAUUUGGUUUUCAAAAAAAAAAGACAAGAUCGAAGGAAAGGUUUUGAAGAGGAGUUUAUAAGUUUUGCAGAUCGCUUGUUCUACUCCAGGUCAUGGAAACCAACCAAGUUCCCGGAAAUUCUGCAAAUCCACCCCAAAAGCCAAGACGACUUCCGGAAAUCCCGAAGGAUCAGGAACCGUUUGACAUCACGAAAAUCCCGCCGAAGCCGCCACGACAAAGACCACGUGGUCAGAGAUGCUCCACCCCAGACCUCCAACGUCGAGUCCCCGGUUCCAUUGCUCACAAAAGAUGCAGGUCAGUGGAGUCAAUACGCUUAUCUCCAAAUCCUGAAAAUGAGGAGCGCAGUCCACUGUCCAGCAAAAACGGAAAUCUGAAGCACGCAAAUUCUUCAUUUAAUAGUCCAGCUUUUUUGGACACAACUUCAUGUAAGACAACACGAAAUCCAUCCAGUCCCAGGCUCUCCCUUCCAGCGUAUUGUGGAGAGGGCGCAAUAUUUAUUCGACGCUGUACGAACUGUCAUCAGCGAAUAUUCCCCGAGGAAGAGCGAUUCGUUAUUGCACAAUCGAUGUUAUUUCAUCUUGCUUGCUUCCAGUGUUCCAUAUGUAACAAGACUUGCGACAUCACAGAUUAUUGUUACGUCAUGGAACACGAGAAGUUCUACUGCUUACGUCAUUAUCACGAAAUGGUCGCCGCGGGAAUAGGGAUUGUUGAAGGGGCGAGAACAGUGUACGGUUCAGGCCCUGGAGCCUUUGCGGCUGUCGUUGGCAAACGGCGAAAGCGAAAAGAAACAUUGAAAACUUUGACAGAGUUACAACAUCGUAGGACAAAACUGGCCCAAAUUGCAUUUCAGUUGGAAGAAGCGAUGAAAAUGUCAAAAAACGAGGAACGGGCGUUUCUAUGGAAACAUUGGUUUGACGUCACGUAUGAGAAGAGUAUGAUAGCAAGAGCAGUCGCGGAGUUUGCUUAUCAAUUAAAGGAGGUCGAGCUUUGCAAUGAACAAGAGCAAUUACAGAAAAAACUACGGCGAAUUAGGAGAGAGAAAAAAAAAGGAAAUCAGGAAGACUUGGCGAACGACGAGGAAACAUGUUUACACGACAUUUUAAAUGUGAUAGAAAAACGCGACCUGCUCUUGCUUGAACUUGAGAUAGAACGAAGAAGGGAUGACGAGGAGUCUAGAAAAUUGAAAUCACUAUUCGAAGGCCAUUUAAAGAAAGGAGUGCGUGCGCAGAAUAUCGAGUUAUCAUGUGACAGUCAGAAUGGACAGUGCGUAAUACUGUAGUUGUUAUAGGUUAGUAUAGCGAAGUAUUAUAAGUUGAAAGUCUCAGGUGAGGUGUGUAAUUGGAUCCUGAGGUACACUAUCGGAUUUCGAUGGAUCGUUGUACCAUCAUCUUACGUAGACCACGGUUACAAACUCAAAAUCACUUAAUUCAAAGUGUGUCACGCGUUAUAAACGCACUUUAGUAACCUUAGGGAGUCACAAAAGAUGUAAACAAAACAGAUCACUUUUAGAAUCAGAAUCAUAAAAAAAAU